UGUAGCAGCUCUUGAAUGGAUGGAGAAUUUAAACCGGAAGUGCGUUUAUGUUUUCUAUUUUUGCUUUUUGGUGCUGCAUUCAUUCAAAGCCUACGUUUGCGGCUUGUCUGAAAACGAUGUCUGCAAUGGAGGUCCCAGGACCAGAAAGCGAUUGGAGAAGCCCUGCAUUCCGACAGAAAGUUGUUGCACAAAUUGAAGAGGCGAUGAGAAAGGCUGGGACUGCACACACGAAGUCCAGCAAUGAUAUGGAGAAUCAUGUUUAUGUCAAAGCCAAAUCUAGAGAAGAAUACUUGUCCCUGGUAGCAAGGUUGAUCAUUCACUUCAGAGACAUUCAUAAAAAGGCACAAGGAGGAGGUCUGGAUCCCAUGAAUGCCCUGACAAAUCUCACAGGGGUUCCAGGGGGCAUCGCCAUGGGGCCUAGGCCACCUGGUGCACCCAUGGGUGGCAUGGGGACCAUGGGGCAGAUGCAAAUGGGUCAGCAUGCAAUGGCAGGUGUGGCUGGAAAUCCUCAAGCGAGGACCUCCAAACUCAUAUUCCUGUGUCCUCCAUGAGGCUCAGAGCAUGUGAGCAGAGAUGAGUGGGAGCAGAGCGAGGAGCAGAAUUUGACUGCAGCUGGGGAAAUGGACGUGGAGCGCUCUGUGUGCAGUGAGCUGGAUUUCCGACCGCUCAACUCGGCUCACAGGCACUGCUCUACACUCAUAUUUCUGUUUCCUCAGUAACGCUCAGGUGUAGUGCUUUUCCUCCAGGGCUUUCCCCAAGUUCUCAGCUGGAGGAUGUGUGUCUGUUUUGUCCUCAUCCUCCCUGUAGUAGGAGGUCCAGGGCAGAUGCAGAUGCAGCAGAUUGCCCAGCAGCAGUCCAUUCAGUUCCAGCAGUUCCAGGCACAGCAGCAACAGACAGCCAUGCAACAACAGCAACAGACGGCCAUGCAGCAGCAGCAGACAGCUAUGCAACAACAGACAGCCAUACAGCAGCAGCAGUUUCAGGUCCAGCAGCAGCUGAAGCUGCAACAGUUACAGCAGCAACACCAUCAGAACCAACAGCUCCAACAGCAGCACCAAAACCAGCAGCAGCAGCAGGCCCAAAACCAGCAACAACAGAACCAGAUGCACCCAUCAAGGCUCCAGCAACAACAGCAGAUAGUUCAGUUACAACUCCAACAGCAGCAUGCCCAGGCCCAGGCACAAGCUCAAGCCCAGGCCCAAGCCCAGGCCCAAGCACAAGCCCAGGCGCAGUCCAUUCAGCACAUGGUCCAGCAGCAGCAGCAGGUUCAGGCCCAGUCUCAGCCCCAGGCGGCCCAGCUACCCCCCCACUCCCAGCAGCAGCAGGGCAUGGUGCCCCAGUCUCUCGCUGGACAGAUGACCUCCACACAGCACGUGCCCAUCAGCUCGCUCAGUCAGCAGCAGCAACAGCUCAAGAUCCAAGCAUUGCAGGCUAGAGCGAUACAGCAGCAGCAAGUCCAGCAGGCCCAGCAGGCAGCGCAGCAAGCCCAACAGGCGGCAGCCCAGGCCCAGCUAGCUGCAGCAGUACCUGGACAGAUGAUGAUGCCCCGCCUUGGGAUGCAAAUUCCACCCCGGUUGCCCCGCGCUGCCCCGAACCCCGCCAUACCUCCAAACUCUGCUGCCAUGGGAGGACAGCAAAUGCCACAGGUUCAGCAGCACCAGAUGAUGUCAUCGCCCUCGCCGGUACAGGUGCAGACCCCCCAGUCCAUGCCCCCCCCUCCCCAGCCACAGCCAUCCCCACAGCCCCCGUCCUCCCAGCCCAACUCAGUCAGCAGUUCUGGUCCCACACCGUCGCCAGGUGGCUUCCAGCCUAGCCCAUCCCCCCAGCCCUCGCAUAGCCCAGCCACCGCACGCACCCCCCAGAACUAUAGCGUCCCCUCCCCAGGACCCCUCAACACCCCAGGGAACCCCAGUUCAGUGAUGAGUCCAUCCGGGGCCAAUCAGCAGGAGGACCAGCAGUACAUGGAGAAACUCAAACAGCUCUCCAAAUACAUCGAGCCGCUGCGCAGGAUGAUCAACAAGAUAGACAAAAAUGAAGAUAGGAAAAAGGACCUGAGUAAGAUGAAGAGCCUGCUGAACAUUCUCACUGACCCCAACACAAGGUGUCCUCUCAGAACCUUACAGAAGUGUGAGAUAGCACUGGAGAAACUGAAGAAUGAUAUGGCUGUGCCGACGCCACCCCCUCCACCUGUGCCCUGCACCAAGCAGCAGUACCUGUGCCAGCCCCUCUUGGAUGCCGUCAUGGCAAACAUCCGCUCGCCUGUCUUCAACCAUUCCCUGUACCGUACCUUCGCCCCAGCCAUGACAGCCAUCCACGGGCCGCCCAUCAUGGGCCCCAUCAUCGCGGCCCGGAAGAGGAAACACGAGGAGGAUGACCGUCAGACCAUCCCCAACAUCCUGCAGGGGGAGGUGGCCCGUCUUAAUGCCAAGUUCCUGGUCAACCUGGACCCUUCGUUCUGCAGUAACAACGGCACUGUGCACCUCAUCUGUAAACUAGAUGAUAAGAACCUGCCAAGUGUGCCUCCUCUCCAGCUCAGCAUCCCAGCAGACUACCCAGACCAGAGCCCUCAGUGGGCAGACGACGGGCAAGUGUAUGGUGCUAACCCCUUCCUACAAAACGUUCACAGAAAUAUGACCUCCAAGCUCCUACAGCUCCCAGACAAGCACUCAGUGACUGCACUUCUCAAUACUUGGGCCCAGAGUGUCAGACAAGCCUGUCUUUCAGCAGCAUAGACAAGAAGCUCACCUCACCUGUCCAGCAUAACUUAUCACUAAGACGGUGCAAACUGGAAGGAGUGGGCUACCACAUCUUGGAGCACCAGCUCUCCCCUAUCACUAGGGUGUGCUGCUGAGGGUUCUAUACAAACUGUAUUAUGAGAAGGUCCAUUUGGGAUGAGUUAUGUAAAGAAUUUUGAGUUGAGAAAAUGUAUAACCAAUAACUGAACACGUUGCGGUGUAAAGCUUUGAAGUGUGUGUGUGUGUGUAUAUACUCAUAAGGGAUUUUUGUUUUGUUCUCAUGAAUAAAAACUUUUCUGUU